GUAAGGUUGGUUAUGCUCAGAGAAAAAUGGCGUCAAACCCUUCAUCAUGUACCAUACCAAUUUAAUAAGCAAGUGUCUUCAGUUCCACAUUAUUUGUUUUUCCAUAUAAGUAUGAUAAUGAUUAUUAUACAAGAUGGAAUCUACUGAAAUUGAAAAUCAUCAAGAAAACGAAGUAUGUGAUAAUAGAGUAGCCGAACAGGCUGAAAACGUUGAGAGUCUGAUGAAGGGGGAAUUUCUAUUACCAAUUGAAAACAUAAAUACUGGAAACGAGGCCGAACGGAAACGCCGCGUUCAUAAUGAAGUUGAACAGCGCCGCAAGUGUAAGAUUAACAGCGGCAUUGAUAAGCUUGGUCAUGUUAUUCCAGCCUGUAUCCAAGACAAAAAGAGCAAAACCCAAAUAGUUGAGCUCGCAUUAGAGUAUAUCUUGGAACUGAAGGAUAAAUAUCAUAAAGUGCUUCUUGAAGGAGCAGAGAAAUCAAGAGUUGAGGAGUUGGAAAGGUUAAGGAAAGAAAACAGUCGCCUGAUAGAUGAAAACCGACGGAUGUCUUCAAUGGUUAAUAAUAUAAAGGUGAAUUCAAAUGGAAUUCAAGAGAUUAAAUCUCGUUCAAAGAAGUCGAGGAAUAGCCAGAAGCAAGUGUUUGUAAAACCAGUUGAACCGAUUACUGACUUUUCUGAUGACCUUGCAAAGCUCAACUUAGAGAUGGAACAGAUUCUGGCAAACCAAGAAAUCACCCUUGAGCCAACUCCAACUACUAACCAAAAUGUUACCAGCAAUCUCCUUGAACAGUUGUCGCAGCCAGUAACCAAUCAGGAUCUUGGGUUGAUAACAGCACAAAAUUUGUCGCAUCCAAGCAAUAUUGUGCAAAACCAGCAGACUCUGAACUCUACUGAUAAUGGAGGUUCUGCAUUAGGCAAUGAGAUUCUGUUAAACACCAGCACAACCUCAUCAACUGCCCCGAUUGUCAAUUCAAAUAUGAUUCAGGUAAAACCUGAAGAGUCAAAAAUUAAUAACCAAGGACAAAUGUUAUUGCUUAACAACCCCAAACUGACACAAACAGGUGGAACACAGCCAGUGACAUUGCAAGUAGCAAAUGUUAAUUCACCAUCUUCGGCUGGCGGUCAAAGUAUUCAGAUAUUGCAACCAGGAAAUCAGAUCCAGCUCCAAUCUGGGAUUCAGAAUCAAGGCGUUGCUGUAUCUGGAAAUAAACCUAUUCCACAAAUUCAGCUGACUAGAGGUAACAAUGCCUCUAUUAAGCAAACAAAUGCAACAACCACCUCAAUUCAGUUGCCAGGAAACCAAAACAUUCUUCUUACAAAUCAAGUUGUGGAUCAGUCAAAAACACAAGUGAAGAAUGUUAUACAGAAUCCACAACCUGUAACUAUACCACACAAUUUAAACAGAACAGCAGUGGUGCAACAACCUACACCUGGCCAGCCAUCAACACCUGGUAACCCGGUUAUGCAACCAAUGCAGCCAAUAAGAUUGAUUGUGCCAAUUAUGACAACAGCUACUGGCCAAGCAUCAAUGACACAGCAGUUAACCUUUCGUCUACCGAAUGGUCAAACACAGACUUUUCCUCUAAGGAUAAUUCCAGCCAGUACCGGUGCAUCUAGCACAACUCAGGCUACAACAACAACUCACACCAAUAAUCUCAUGCCUCUGGCUCCUGCUCAGACACCACCAACACAAAAUACCUCAGGAAUGGUCAGAAUACAACCGGCCCCACCAGCAACUGCCACAACUUUACCUGAGAUAAAACCACCAAAUGUAAAGAAAAAAAAGAGCGGCAAGAUAAAAACUUUAACAGACUCUACUGCUGCAGUUGUCCAACAAGCACCCACCUUCACUGCAGCUGGAAAUCAAAGAAUUGUUCGUUUACAAGCUCCAAUUCAAAUAGGACAGAAAAACCCAUCUGGUGCUCAAAACCUUGUUUAUUUACAGCAGAGUGGACAACUUAUUCCAAUUUACCUUCCUGCCAAUACCACUCCUGGCCAGAAUGUUCAAAACAUCAUUGCCAACCAGACAGGAGUUAUUACUACCGGGAAUACUCAAGGCUCCCCACAAAUUGGAACAUCGCAAAGUGGACCGAUUCAACUAACAACUAUGGCCCAGCAGGGAAACCAAAGCUCAUUCAACUCUUGCCAACCCCAGCAGUUGAAUGCCAGUCAAACUCAGAUUGUAUCUACCAGUUCAAAUCAACAAAUAACUUUAGUUUCUCAAGGAAAAGAAACGAUCUUGAAUAAUUGCAACACAACUAUAAUACCUUCAACAGCUGGUCAACCACAGUCUCACAGUGGCAGUACACUCUUACAAACAAGCGACCAACCGGAUGCACUUGCCAGUAUAAUGGCAUCAUCAGAGAUUUCGGACCAAGAUUCUGGAAUUGAGUCACAAGAUUUACAGAAAUCUCACAAAUCUUUAGCUCUUCCAAGGACAGAUGUAACAAAUGCACCUUUAUCUCCACUCUCAGUAUUAACAGCAGAACUUGGAAUAAAUGAGACUGAAAGUCACUCUGGUGGUGAAAAGUCUAAUGAUGUUGAUAGCAGUAGUCAAGACAUUCUGGCGAAGGCAGCAGCAUCAAUUUUCUCUCCCGGACCAUUAGAUGUUGUUGAUGGUGAACAAGAUGGUAAUUCAAUAAUUCAGUUACAAACUGAAGAUAAAAACAUUAUGCCUCAAGAAAGCUGCUCAAGUAUGAACUCAAAUAGUGUUGAGGAUCAAAGACCACUCUUAAUGGAGUCACAGUCUUCGUGGAUGUCGUCAGAGGUUGACCAAAGUGAGCCAAGUGAAAAAAAUAUUGUGCCUUCUAAAUCUACUGAAUCUACUGUAAAAAUAAAACGUAAGGAGAGUCGGAAGAAGCAAAAGAUAAAGCGAAUGAACUCUACCGUUUCGGAAGAAACAAAUCCACAGCAAAAUAUUAGUGAAGCAGGACUUGCACAAGACUUAAUACAGAUGGCAGAUAUGCCAUCAGAAAUACAAACACAGUCAGACUUGAGAUCAGAAGAUAAUCAGAACUACCAGCAACCUCUAAUUGUGUCUCAUAGUCAAUCAUCAGCAUCUAGGUACUCGGCAGAGGCUUUGCUAAGUGGUAUGGUUUCUGAGUCAUCUGCCGCCCAUCAGACUGAGACCAGUUCAAUGUCUAGCACAUCAUCAACUCCAAGCAAUUCUUCAUUUCCAUCAUAUACAGGGUCGAAUAAUUUUGUGAAUGAUAUAUUAAGUAAUUCAAUGAGUGCAAGUGGUUUACCGACAUACAUCAAUGAAGAUGAGCAAAACCAACAGACCAGUCUCUUUUCACCAUACAAGCCCUCAAACAAGGCUUCAUUAGACAAUAGACAUGAAGAAUUCAUUUCAUCUAGGAGUGUUAAAGGAAAGAGCAAGUCACCACCUUCAAGGAGUACAUCCUUUAAUUCACCAGUUCAAGGCAUGACAACGUCAGAUCUCUUAAACAUUGCAGAUUCUGUUUCAGAUACUCAGUCACAAAGUUCAGUUCUACAGGGUCACCAAGAAAAUAUUUUACCAGAAUUUCUUAGUCCAUCAAACUCUGAGAGCUCACUAGUUUCUGAGCAAGAAGCUAAGCUGGUUUCUACACCCACACCAUCAUCAGUUGCACAAACCAAACUUCCAUCAUCAUGGAUUAGUCAUCAUUCAAGAGCUUCAGAGUUAGCAUCAGUUACUCAACAGGCACGUUCUCAAACUAAUAAUCAACCUUUAAACACACCAUUUUCAACGACCACAACUACAGUGACCUCCCAGAGCCCAACCAGCCGACCUAGCUUCUUUUCACAACCUUGGUUGACAACUACAUCAACAAGCUCAACAACAAGUACCUUAGCAUUUACCCAGAGUGUAUUCUCAAGUCCUGUAUCCUCAACAGCUAGAAGUUCACCAAAUUUGACAUCACCACAACAACAGUUAACCAUAGUUAACAAUGGUUCUGUUAUCACACACAGUACUAAAGUAACAGGCAGUCCAUCUAGGCAGGCCAAAGUUCCAGAAAGUAAAAUUUCACCAGCACCAAGAGUCUUCACUAAAGAGACAAUUCACAGAACACUGACAAUGGACAUUGUAGAAGAGCAGACACAAGAGGUUCCAAAGCCAAAGAAGCACCACACUUUACCAAUUUCAGUGCCAGACAGACCGAUUAUCUCAGCAGUUCCUGACAGGCCGUCAGUACCAACAUCUGUAAAACCAAAAGCAAAAUCUAGCAGACGGAAAAAGAAAGCAACGACUGAAAAGAAUCCACCUGUGGAACCCCCCUCUCCAAAUGUAAAUGAAUCAUUGGCCAAUGUAGGAAAACGUGCAUUAGAUAAAGAUUUAGUGGAUAAGUUUCCAUGGUUGGCUGAUGGUGAAAGUGCUAAUGGAAGUCAGGAGAAUGAAGUACAUGAACAAUCACUGAAAGUUAAUACUGCUCAGACUAGUAAAAAUGUGACAUCUUUCAGUGUACAGACAUUAAGCCAGAGUUCAAAUGUUAAAGGAGAUAAAAGUUUGAAAGAUAACCACUCGAGUAAAAAAGAUAUGUCAAAGCAGAUUGAAGCAGUUUCUAAAUCCACUGCUGCUAAAGAAAAGGAAUCAGACCAAAAUGCAGAAUCUGACAAAGCUCAUUUCUGGAACCCUACUUCAAGACUUGCAAUGUUGAACACACAAGAAUCUGUUACAGUGUCAUCAGAGAAUGUUUCAAGGUCACACCCAAGCAAUCAAAAGCCAAUUAAUGAGCCAACCUAUUCAAGUACAUCAUCAGUGAUCACUUCUAACCAUACAACAUACCCUAGGUACACUUCUCACCAACGGACCAGCUCUAGCUACACUCCUGUAGAGGUGUCAAGACCGUCAUUUUCAGACAGUAUGACCACCAGUAGUCUUCACAAUUGUAACACUUUACAGUCAACAGAGAAUAACUCAAAUACAUCCACAUAUGAUCCAUUCUCAACUUUACCCCAAAGUUUCUCAGGAGGGAAUACAUGUUCUUCAAAUCAAGAAGCAGUUGAUAGUCUGCCGGAUCCUGAUAUGGACUUCCUCUCUCCAACACCUGAACCUGCACCAAUGUUUCAGACAUCAUCUAACAGACGCAUGACAAAACAACCAAAGGAAAUCUCAAAUUCAUUACAGUCUCAGACAUCGGUUGCGCAGCAUGGUAUUGAGCAGAGUCAAAGUAAACAGCCCUCUGUAGUGACGCAGAACUGCAUGCAGCAAAGCAGGGACUUCAGUUGUGUUAAAUCACCAACCCAGAGUCAGCAGACCACAAGCUUCAGUGAGCAUAUUCAGAGCACAGUUUUAUCUUUUCAGCCAUCUGUAUCGAAAAGUUCUGAGAGUUCACGCGCUGACUUCACUUACACUCAACAAAAUAAGUUGCCAAGCACUUCCAAGACUGAUUAUUCCCUCCAAAAUGAUGAUCAUACUGACAUUUUUGAUCCAAAUGCGUUGGAUUUCCCAUCAUUGCAUGACUCCCCACCUCAGGAAAACUCAUCCCGUGCAAGCAGUUCUGUUUCAUCUAGUCACAUGUUCCAAACACAUACCGAUUCACAGCAGAUGCGUAUAGACACGCCAAGGUUUGAUAAUUAUCAACAUCGAACAUCUGAAAGUAUUUCUUCAAUGGACAGAGAAUCAAGUAUGAAUUUGUCACAAACUAACCAGGGUUUUUAUAGCAGACAGUCAAGUUUGAAUAACCAGGUUUCUCAUAGCAACCUGAAAAGACCUGCAUCCGAUCAGCACUCUGACCAGAUUUCUGCAAAGAGGCAUCCAAGAGUUGAGACAUCUUCUGUUAACCAGGGUACCCGCAACCACAUGGGAGUACCCACCCCUGAUAGUUUACCUAGAACUCCACUCUCCGUUGAAGGGCAUGUAUCACAACAAGAAACUGGAAGGUUAUCAACGGCGACAAGUAAUGCAAAUGUAGCACAUCAACGACAUCACUCGGAUAGAAACACACCAAAUUAUAAUAAUCCCGCUGAAAAUUUUUCCCAGCCAAGUAGAACUCUUGAAACAGGGCAUAUCUCUUCACGGAACCGUAAACGCAACAACCAGGCACAAUACUACCCUACUUCGCAAACACAUCGUUCGGAAUCUACCUUGUCGCAUGACCAUUCACAUGAUAUGUGGCAUUCGCUUGCGUCCCAGAGGAAUCCCGGAGCAAUGGCGGAAACCUCACCAUUCUUACCAAACUUUUCUGCUUCGCAGCCAUCCCAUAGCACACUUCUAUCACAUGGUGACCUUGCAAGUACAUCAUCAAGCACCAGUUCGAGCAUUUCCCCUUCACGUCGGGUUCGUAAUCCAGAACACCCAACCUACCUUCCUGCUCAUUUGCCCAGUACCUUGCUGUCUAAUCAACCAAACAAAGUUUCUAGAGACACUGAUAUAGGUCAUUUUAAUCCAAUGUUUGCUCCCCGGGCACCGAGUUUAUCAAUGAAUCCACUGCAGCAUAACUUUCCUAUUUUCCCAGAUCAUCAUGCACCAAGCUUCAAUGUGGCUAAAGGGCCUCAAAUCCCAUCGAAUAUGAGCCUGUCAACGCAUCCGCACAUUUCCCCGAAUUUCAGUUUUAAUAGUAUUUUUGGUGAUACAGGGAGCAACGGACAUGUUGACGCUAGCUCCCUCAAUCCCGGUUUACAUGUGCCUCACCUUCACAGUAAUGCUGGCAUUCCUGUAGAAGAACAUUUAUCAUUGCGCGGACAUCACAUUCCAUCUAGACAUGCACAGACAUUUGGUGGUAAUCCCGUAGGUUUAAAUUCUUUGAUGAGACCAAAUGUUCCGCCUGAUGUAAGGCCAUCGUACAAAGUGGCCAUGUCAAUGCACGCCCAGCCGCAUUUUCACGGUGCAUCAUUUGGUAGCAUCCCACCAUAUUAAGAUAAAAUAUUUAUUACAUUUAUUAUGUAUUUCAUUGAAAUUUAUACCAAACAUCUAAUUUAUGUGGAAUAUUGCUUUGAAAAUUUAUGAAAAUGAGAAGUCGUUCAUUUCUUAUAAUCUGGAAAAAUUCCUCUUAGUACUUAUAUUAAAAACUGGUCACUGAUUUUUGGCCACAACGUGUGUUGCUCCUGAUAUGCGUGGUCAGUAUAAUUUCAUGCAACAUAUCGUGACAAAUUAUGACUCUGAUUUUUCACAUUCAGAAGUUCCUAAAACCUCUGUAGUUAAACCUGAUAGAAAUCUGAGUAAUUGUCAUCUUUCUUUUAAAUGAACGUUGCUGAAUUCUAUGCAAGCUUUAACUUCUUACACAAAUUUUAGGAACUUUAUUCCUUUACUAUAGUUUUAAAAAUAAACCAACAAUGGCGAUAGAUAUACUAGAUGAAAAAAUAUGGACCAUCCGCAAAUUGGACAGCUAUUUAGAGAAAAUAAUUACCAAAAUUCAAACAAUUUGAGUUAUGAGAUAAUGAGUUGGACAAUCUGUAAAAGUCAAUUUGAUUUUUCAAAUUGUAAAUUAAUUAACACACCUUAUUUGUAUUUAUGAUCAUGUAAUUUCAUUUAUUUUGAAUUUGAA